AUGUUGCUCACUCUCUCCACUGAACACAUUCGCAAUACCGUUAUCACCAACGAGCAAGGUCAAAUUGUUUACAAGACAGAGACUCCGUUCAAACUUGGCGUCCGUACUACGACCAUUCAAAAAAUCAAGUCGAAUGACGGCCAGUAUCAUAUGCAAACCCAGUUCGAUGUCUUGGGAGAGAUCGAGUGGCACAAAUUUGCUUCCUCAAAGUUUCGUUAUGGUGGAACUGAAGUAGAGACGAAGGAGUUCAUUCCGAAGAGAGGCCUAUGGGGUCGGGAGCGCGUCUUCAUGGGACCAGAUAGCCGUCCCUAUCGCUGGAAGCUCAAGUCCAGAGUGGUAGUUGUCGCUCGCUUUCAUAGAGCGACUCUUGGAAUCAUAGGAAGGAAACGUAAAGCCAUGCUAGAAGUAUCACCUGAAGUGACUCAUAUGAUGGAUACCGUCAUCAUGACGUUCAUCUACGUCGAGAAACUCAGAAUGGACAAAGAACAGGCCUCGAGACGCAGGCUAUACUGUCAUAUUUAUUAAUACAAUGCCAGGGAUUGUAGAAAGCCAUGUAUGCAUACUCAGUGAGGAUCCGCGUUCCCCAUAGGUGUAUGCAUACAAGCAGGACCAGAAUUUCGGGGCUUCCUUUGAUGUAUGCAUACAAGCUUCGGGACUUCUUUUUAUCCAUAUCGGGAUGAUAAC